AUGGCGUUUCCCCAGGUCACUCGUCUGGCCGUUUGUCUUUCUCCCGUCUCCUUGCUGGUGACCAAAUUGCAUCGAACUACCGUGCUCAGCCCGGCCUACUCCAUAUGGGGUCCGGGGCGCUAUUGCUCGGAGCAGCAGUCGGCAGGCUUUCGACCCUGUCCCUGCUGUCAGUCUAGCCGUAUUCUCCAUGCCUGGGCCGUGGCAAGGGCCAUGACCACGACAUGGCCCAAGGGCAGAAACGAUGGAAAACUGCACAAGCAAGCAGGGUCCUCUAUUUCCAGCCCCAAGCACGCAAUUUCCUCCUAUAUCCCACGAGCACGGGGCACGUCUAGAAUAUUCCGUCGACCUUCCAGACGAGCUUCCAGACGAGCUUCCAUCAAGCGAAAAGGAGCCAGAAGGCGGGCAUUGCAGCUUCGCAAGGACUUUCGCCUGGGACUCGGCAGACAGACGAGAUGGCGGCUGCUCAAUGCCUGGGUCGAUGCCUGUCAACGUCGUGAGCCGCCUGCAUUGGCUCUAGCACCAUGUACCAUGUACGAUGCCCAACCCUGGCUCGGCAGACUUUCCAGAUUGCUCCGAGAGGCCUCUCAUCUACCGUUAUUUGCGGGGCUAAGCACUCCUGUAUUUCGCAGGACGACAGGCCACUGGGCGAAAGAGGAAGCUUCUCCCGUCCCAGGAUCAAGCUCCUUACGGCAAUACACGUGCAGGCAGGGAAUAAUCAAGCCAUAUCUAAGAUACACCGAUAAGAAUAUGCACUUUAGCGUACAUGAAAACAUGUAUCCGAUUGCGUUGCAAAGUGUGCCCAAGAUACAGCACAAACGCCCAAGUGAUGAUUAAAGUGCCUGUAUUGUAAAUCCCAAGUGAGGAUAUCA